AUGCAGACACAAAGAGAAGCAGAGGAAAACAAAGCAGAAGAAAGAGAAAGUGAAGAGGAGCAACUGGUUGAUGAGAGAGAGCAUGAGGAAAACAUAGCCAAGAAAAGAAAAUUAGAAGGUAGAGAGGAAGAAGACAUACCUAAGGAAAGAGAAGAGUACAAAACAGCUCAGGGAAGAAACUAUACAGUUCUGGGAAGGCUGUCGGUGCCAGGCUCCAAAAGAAAGUACACGGUCACUCAAGCUGAACUGAAGAGAAGAAUCAUGGCAGAAAACAUGUCAAACAACAUGUUAAGAAGCCUAAUUAGGGUUCGUAAAGAGGAUCUCCCUCAGGAGCUCAGAGAACAACGGCCGAUAAAAGCCAAGACAAAAACAAGUAUCUUCUCUGCUCUCAGUGAAGGAGAGGCCACAGAUUUAGCCCAGGAGCUGGGAGCCAUGCUAGGGAGAUAUGUAAACCUGAGCAUGAUUGAAAGUGUUCCCAUUGCUGAGGCAGACAUUGCAAAGAAUACACUCUGUACUCUCCAGUGCUUGCUGAGGGAAAAACUGGGAGAGGAAUCACCUUUUAGUCUGCUGACCCAUACAUUUGGACCACAAGUUGUAGAUGUUGUCAUCUCAUUUUUAAUCAGUCAGUUUAAGUAGAGGUACACUGAGCCAGUGAACACAAUAACAAAUGAAUGUUUCAAACAUUGUCAUCUCAAUUAUUUUGAGUUAUUUGAUUUAUUUGAGUUAUUUGAUUUAAAUAUACAACAUAUCACUGUUAGAGAACGCAUUCAGACAGCAGGGUAAUGUUAAUGUUCAUUAUUUACUUAGCUUUAUUUACAAUUAAAGAUUGCAUUAUUUUUCAGAUUUGUUUUAAAACAAUAUAUAGUAAAAUAAACAAAAGCAAAAAACAGCAGUCUCUUUCACUUAAUUUUUCAUGUGCACAUUUACAUGUAGCAAGUUAAUUUUACAUUUGUAUUUUACAUGUUUUUUUUUUCCAUAUCUACAUUUAUUCUUUGAAUUUAGUUAGUCGUCUUUUGAAAUUCUUUCUAUACUUUCGUUUCAUGUUUUUUGCUCUGUGUGGAAACAAUGGUCUUAUCUUUCUUGUCAAAUCUGUAGAUACAGCUGUAAAUUCCAUUCCUGUCACGGUGGCAUUUGUUAUACAGUCAUGCAGGUUUUUAAUUUGCUGGCUAAUGUGCUGAGGAAUGUUCUGCCAUUUCUGCACAGUCUCCAGUAUUUCAUUUAACUUCUGCACUUCAGUUUUAGAGUGGUUUGCUGCAGUGUUCACAUUUAACUGCAUUGACAUGUCUU